UAUAAAUAUCAACUCAAAGGAAAGAUUGGAGUUGGGGAAGAUAUCAAUCACGGGAAGGCAUAUCCUCUGAGAUUCACAGGAACGUGAUCGGAACUAUGCUGUGUAGCUACGUAAAGUGAACCAACGCGUUGAUCGAACACCAAAAGUUUCAAUCCCUGCUCUAGAGCUCUACUGAUUUUGCAUCAUCGUACACCGGCGACGGAUCGCAUUUCGGCCAUGAACUGUCUUCAAAACCUUUCAAUAUCACCUUCUCUUCCCUUCCGGAGCUUCAAAUGCCGACAGAGAAAGCCUGAAUUCCAGCUCUCUAACCUGGUGAUGAGGAGCUUUACCGAUCUACAUCGACGUUCUUCCGUGAAGGCAGUCUCUGGCUCUACAUCAAGUGCCGAAACGACUGGUGCAGAAGUGGAUGAUGCUGAGGAAAAGGAGGAAAAAUCUGAAAUAUAUAGCCAUAACAUGACAGAAGCUAUGGGUGCUGUACUGACAUAUAGGCAUGAGCUGGGAAUGAACUACAACUUCAUUCGUCCAGAUUUAAUUGUAGGAUCAUGCCUACAGACUCCAGAAGAUGUUGACAAGCUCCGCAGCAUUGGAGUAAGAACAGUUUUCUGCUUGCAGCAAGAUCCAGAUUUAGAAUAUUUUGGGGUUGACAUUGGUGCUAUAAUAGCAUAUACAAAGACGUUUGAUGAUAUUGAACAUUUGCGAGCUCAGAUAAGGGAUUUUGAUGCAUUCGACCUACGACUAAGAUUACCGGCCGUUGUAAGCAAAUUACAUAAAGCCAUAAACCGAAAUGGUGGAGUGACUUACAUACAUUGCACUGCUGGACUUGGAAGAGCUCCAGCUGUUGCGAUGGCGUAUAUGUUUUGGGUUCAAGGCUACCAACUCAAUGAGGCGCUAGAGUUACUGCUGAGCAAACGCUCAUGCUUCCCAAAAAUAGAUGCUAUUAAAAGUGCAACUGCCGACAUUCUUUCAGGAUUUAAAAAGAAGCCUGUCGCUUUAUCUUGGGAAGAUGAUCAAUGCUCAACUGUAGAAGUAGCUGGACUUGAUAUUGGAUGGGGCCAGAGGAUUCCAUUAAAAUUCGACGAGGCACGAGGUGCAUGGAUUCUCAAUAGGGAACUCGCGGAAGGACGAUAUGAAUACAAGUAUAUUAUCGAUGGUAUAUGGACGUGCAAUAAAAACGAGCCCGUCACUCCACCUAACCAAGAUGGCCACGUCAACAAUUUCAUUGAAGUUAUUGAAGAUGAGGAUCCAGGUAGUGAUAGAGCAAUUCUCCGGAGAAGGUUAAUUGGAGAUGAACCAGAACUCACGGCUGAAGAAAGAAGCAAAAUAAGACAAUUUCUUGAAGCUUGUCCUGAUGAAAUUUGAAUGAAGGUACGUUGCCAUUCCCAUAUUCUCUAGAUAUGUAUUAAAAUAUAUAUAGUAGUGUCAAUAAAGAACCAAGUAAUAAUAUUGGAUUUAAUAGUGUUGCACGAUCGCUAUGAUUCGUCACAUAGCAUUGAGAAUAAUAAUUUGACAACACUAGGGUUUAUUCCUAACCUUAUUGUUUAUAGGUUUAAAUCUGAUUUGUCUUUCAAUUCUC